CUAGCUCUUUCACGUGCUCGACCUCAUCUCCCGAAGCUUUGAUCUGACUUCUUAGCAACAUCAAUACUGUAUCUUAUGGGCGUUACCGUCAUUUGGCACGCAACCACGCUCAUUUUCUAUGGCUCUGUGACUGGUCUGAGCUCUGUCCAAAAUGGAUCCGAUAUCAGAGAUGAUUUCGUCGAAAAAGAAUUCAGGCUUGUGAAUACUGUGGCGAUUUACUCGGAACCAAGAGACUAAAUGAGUCUUCGAGCACGCACAGUAUACUUGAAAGAGGGUCUGGGUG